AUGAAUCAAAAAGAUGAUAAUCUUAGACAAAUAGUGAUAAAUAAGCAAUUUAACGACAAUAAGAAAAAGAAUCCAUUUUCCAAUUGGGAUAAAAUUCGUGGAAAUGUCAACAACUACGGUGCAUUCAAAGGCUCGCCGUCUUCCUCGAAUGUCUCCUCUCCUGCCUCCUCACAUUCCAGCAUCGCCACUUCAUUCAGUCCACACUCAAAAAAGCAUCAAAGCAAUCCGUUCCUACGGUCAUUUGCUGGAGACCUCAUAAACAAUCAUGGAGGCGAUAUGAAGGGCUGUCGACAAAAUAUGAGUUUGGCAGACACGACACUAGUCGCUGCUCAAGCUGCUGGUAUGACCAACUUUGCUCGUAAUUUUCGAGGUAUUAAACACCAUAAUGGUGCUAUUUAUGCCACCUCUACCGCUGUGCAGCAGGAUAUAUAUAAAUUAGAGAGAGAGCUAGAGAAAAUUAUAUCACAGUUGAACUCUCGAUCACGGCUUGCGAGCUUUGCAGAGUCUGCAUCCACCCUCGUCUCAACUAGUACAAAUGCUGAAAGCGGCCUAAUAUCAACUCAUCCUUUAGGGAACACUUAUACCAAGCGAUCUGUAUUUAGACGAUCAUCCAUAGCUGAUAUUUUCCAUACAAGUACAAAUUUUGUCAAUGAUCUGCCUCCUUUGAAGGAAAAUAUACGUUCGGGAGUAACAAGAACAUCCCACAUCAUGAAUUUGAUAAUGGAGUCUCUUAAAAAGCAUAAAUCAGCCAGUCGAUUGCCACUAAGAAAAGAAAUUUUUGCUAUUCUAGCCUCUGCUUUUGAUCGAAUCCCACUAUUAGAGUCAGAAUGUGACCAAGCUUUGGAUAUUUUUGAUUACAUCAGAUACAGGUUCACGCAACUUGAUGCGGCAGAAUCCUUUGAACAACUUUUGUUUUCAUGUCAUCUAAUGAGCGCUGGUAGCAUUAACACUAAGAUACGUCUGUUAGAAUCGAUAGAAGCUCAAAUACAAGCCUGCAGAGACUCGGCAAUGGAUUUGCCAUCUUCACCAAAAGCGUAUCAAUCGCUUGUGUAUACCAUAACAACUGCAAUUGCCCAGCUCACCUUUGAUGAUAAAUUGACAAGUGACAACUAUGUUAAAGGAUCAAAUGAAGAAAACGAUGAAAACAAGGUCAGAUACGGUUUGCUUAAACUACUUGACAAGUUAGCUGAUGGUACACUUAUACCACCAGUAGGCGCUGUGUGGACAACGUAUCAUACAGGAAGCAAUAUACCUAUAUCUGUAGCACAAUUUUGCGUUGUUGAAUCAUUGCUAAAGUCAGCCAUGGUAGGCGACUGUUGUCAAAACGACCCUUAUCAAGGCGAAGAAAAGCAGGCUAGCGCUAACUCUGUUGAACGACGAAAAGAUAAGGUUAUUUUUCAGGAGUUACUGCAACGCUUCUGGAUAGAGCCUGAAAUCACUACAAAUCCGGCUUAUUUGCAGAUUAUAUUUCUACUAUCAGAGCUUGCCUGCGAAACCUUUUUGGGAGCGACAGCUAGGGAUCUUAAAGCCGAAAACUCUACGGUAUCUCUAUUGUUUCAUUUGGUACUUGAAAAACUGUCACCGAGAAAACUUCAAAAGCUUCUGACUGAAAUACAUACAGAAGAAACACAAAGAAAAGUAGCUCUAAGUAUGACCAAUGCGCUGCUAGCAUUAUUGACAAUCUGGAAUAUGAAUGACGAUCAGCAAGAGAGGCAUAAUUCUGCUUCGUCUGUAAAUUUCACUGAACAGCCCUCAACGCCAAACACUUAUAAUUACAAUUUAAAUGAAGAGGAACAUUUUACCGUUGACGAUAAAAAUAUAAACUUCACAGAUACAACUUUUCAACAUAAGGUUGCGCUCGCAAUAAAGCAAUUCGUCCAAAUAUAUUGGAAUACAGGGUAUAAAGAAUUUAUACUAGAAGCCACAGAAUCUAUGCUACAAGAUGCAACAAGUGAAAGAGUAGCGUGCGCUUAUCAAAACCUUGUUUUCAAUGUCAAUCAAAGUAUGGGACAGGAGAUCUCGAAGAAAACGUUACCAAGUUUAUUCAAGAGAUUAUUAGACACACAUCCACCGGCAAUUCAACCUUUAUGUGACCUAUUGUAUAAUUUAUCAAGACAAUUCCCAACUACCUUUUAUAAACCUGUCAUUGCUUGCGCAGCAUCUGAUGACGAGAGUAAGGUUACCCAUAUGAUGAAACUUAUAUUCUGCUUACGGCGAUAUCUCUCUGGCGUACAAUUUUGGAUGCACGAUUCUGAGAUGAUCAAUGUUAUUUUAUUAAGCAAUACGGGUCAAAACCGUAAACAACAACACAGUACUAUCACCUUGUCUGCUCCUUCCAUUAAUGCGAACACUGUUCAAUCGAGCGAUUCUCAAACAAAGCACUUUACCGAGCACGAACAGAUAAAACAAUGGGGCAGUACGACCCUGGGCCAGUGCAUAAUAGCGACUGAAUUCAUGUGGGCAGUAAAAGAAUUAAGACAUAAACAAGACGAUGUUACUCGUAAUAUGGAGGAAGAUGAGAUCGCUAAAAAAUUUCUCAUUGAUCUGGAGAAACGACUAGCAGUCUUUUUGACGGCAAAAGAAAUGAAAACACUGAUUCCUAUGCCAUUGAGGAAUAUUCUGUGCAAUAUUUUCAUUGACAUACGAUUUUUUUGCAAUACAACUCAUCGUCCUGGAUGGCUAACUAGGGUUAUUGAUUGGGCAACCCAACCUGUAGAUCUACAAGCAACUUCAGCUGCCUCGGAAAUUGAUAUAUCAUUACAGUCAACCACACAUCAUCAUGAAAAUAGGAUGGCUGUUCUUGAUCUGCCUUCAUUGGAACAAAUUUCUCUAAUGUAUCGGAAGAUACAGGCUAUCUAUGGCGCCCUCACAGGGGAAUUCCAGUUUGAAGUUGAUGAUAUGUUCAAUGUGGGUUCGAGAAAUCUUGAAAUAAUAGAUGAGUCUGACGCACAAUCAGUUGAAGCUCCUCGUCAUAAACGACAGAAAUAUAUCUACACUAUGUACCCAAUGAGUCGUGCAGUAUUGACUGCGCUUACAUUAGAUCCGCCUGCGAGCGUUCAAAAUGUUCUCAAUAAUGAAAGCGAGGAUUCUAGCAAGUCGGAGGACACAGCUUUAAAGCUGGUCAAAUAUCGAUUUGAACAUAUAAGUGAAAUCAACCAACACCCAUUUGGCUCCAUAUUCUCAUUGUUAUGUGCUGUUUUUUCAACACUGUCAUCCCAAGAAUUUGCACGCCUUGUUAAGCCUCUCUGGGACAGAUUUAUGGAUGACAAAGAUCCCAAGGCUUUGGUUCCCGCCGCAUUUUUACUGAUGCAGUGUGGAGAAAAAAUUCCAAAAUUGAUGAUUGAGACCUGUACUCAUGAUUUUUACAGUGAUGAUCCACUACAACGCUUAUCAGUCAUUCACAGACAUGCUGCUCUCAAUGCUUUCAGAUUUAAUGUUUUGGGCCAGGAGUAUAUUCCCAUCUCUAGUCGUCGGAGACCCUUUCGAGGAGAUGGCGGAGCAUUCUCCACUCCAUUCGUUCCCACAGAUUUGGGCAGCAACCGUUUCACUUUAGAUGAACCUCGCUGGAUGGCUAAAUUGAAAAACGCUAGCAACUUUCCUGUUGAAUUGAAACGGCAGAUCCAAGAGCUGGGUUGGGAUGAUGAGGAUAACGGUGAAGAACAAGAAGCUUUAAAAAAGGUUUUGACACCCUUGGCUCUCUUGCCUUCUCUGUUUCUAGAAAAAGAAGAAGAGCGUAUGAAUGAGGACGAUAAUCCUGGUCUUAUUCGAAGAAAUGGAAAGUCAGCGGAUAUCAGUAAACUUAUUAACCGCCGAAAACGAGCAAGUACUGUCCAAGCUUUGACAGUAUCCUUUUUAAGUAUGGUGGAUCUGCUAAAUGAUGAUUAUGGUGGCACUUUCAACAGCUUACACGAGCUUUUAGAGUAUUUUUUACGUGAUGAUCCUUCACACUUUCUGCGCACCUUUUUAAACAACCUAGGCAAGUUCAAACUCGAGCGUCAUAAGGACAUUCUGACCCGUGUAAGGUUUUUAGUAAGCAUACAAAGCAAAUUACCGCCUGAAUUCACACAUAUAUUGUUCAAUUACUUGGCUGGUAUGCUGAAAUGGUUGGUACGAGAGAACAGAUCGAAAGACGGGCUUAUCCUCAUGACUCUCAUUCAUCCUAUAUUGGCGGAACUCAUUCUCUCGACUAAUGAUCUAUCGAUUCGCGACUUGAGGAAAAACAAAAUCGAACACUUGUUGAUUAGUACGGGCCGCUUUUGGUUCACUCAUGAACAACCCGCUGGAAUUUUCCCUCGGUAUUUAUCUGAUGUUCGUACACCAUUCACUAUCUUAGAUAUACCUCAAGAAAUAUUCUCUGUGGCUGUUUUGCGUAUCAGUCAUAUACAAUUUCUGACUAACUAUCUGAUUCGGUAUCCAAGGGAAGUUUAUGCCGUUAAAAAAAUGCUACAAGAUUAUGAACCUUUACCGAUACCAAGCGUCAAAGAAUCUACAAGAUGGGCCACACAAGAAGAUUAUUUCCCUGAUAUCGCACAGCGCAGUAAUCAGAAUACUGCGGCUGACAAAAUCUGUGUGGAAACAGCAAAACGACAGUCAAGUCAGUCAACAAUUGAUAUCGAAAUGUUGUCAGGUGUUCGCGCUCGUGUCUGGCUUCGCUUCAUUGAUAUCUUACUGACCGGCUUGAAUAAAAACUACAAUGAUCGCGAAGAACUAGAGCAAAUUCUAAAAGGUAUCAAUACGAUUAUAGCAAACCACAGUUACGACUUUAAUAUCGUUGGCCAAGCAUUAAUUCUUUAUACACGAGUUGUUACUCGUUUCAAGCGAUUGUUCAUUUCCAAUCGAGGCUAUCCCACGUUUUUACCUGCUUUAUUUAAAGUUUAUUGUGAAGUCAUACGCUUCCCACAAAUUCGGUCUGCUAUCAUCUUUGCGUGGUGUCGAUUUUAUGCUGUUCACGGAGAAUCAUUUGUAUUUCAAAUGUUAGGAGCACUUGUGCCCUUAAUUUUAAAUGCGUAUCAUAAAUCGGAAGAGUUGGGGUCUUGGAUGUCUGAUAAUUUUUUCGGAUUAAUGCAAGCCUUGCAUGACCCUCCUUAUCCUGGCUCAACAUCAGACGUGAUAGGGUUACAGCUUCAAGUAGAAUUGGAUGACCAUGAAAGAAGCGUACAGGAACGGAUUGAUGCUGCUAGCAAUCCUAUGGUAAUGCCCUUAUCUACAGGCAUUUUAAAACCUUUGGCUAGAAGUAUGACGAUGCCUAUAGUCGCCAACUACGUAGCUAAUUUUGGAAAUUUCUCUUUUGAUUUACGAAAUUUUAUCAAGCUGUUCUUGACCAUUAUUGCCUAUGACCCUGGUUCUCUGCGUGCCGAACAAUUUGUCAUAAUUUUCCGCCGUUUGCUUCCUCAGUUUCAAGAAGUAGCAGGUUUAAGGAGUCUGUUAGAUGAAGGUGUCGCAGCUCUCGUAGACGUUUUUAACAAGUUCGGUAAGCAUGCAAAAGUGACAUUAAGCAAUGCUUCAACUGCUACACACCAGUCUAGUAGUGGGGGGUAUCAAGGCGUAAUGCCUGAAACUGAUACUCCACGAGCUGAGGCGGCACAACACGCUUACGGUAAGCAGUGGCAACAAAAUGAUAGACUUACGAUUAGACUUGAAUUUGUACGGCUGGUGCAAACGUACUUAAAACUUGAUGGAUCUCUGAACGAAGUAUGCCAUGAAAAGAUGGCUUCCAUCAUUCGCAAUAUCAUGCGCGACUACGGCAACUUCAAAAAUCUUACUUUAAAAACUGACUGGAUAAAAGAAUAUCUCGUCAAUACGGUACCUUCGAUGGCUGCGUUACGAAAUUUUGCGAAACCUUUGAAAAAACUUCUUAGUCAAAUAUUUUUACAAUACCGCUCUCAAUAUAAAACUGUGGAUGCAUCUGAUCUAUAUGAUGGAAUAGCAAUUAUGAUAGAGCUUGGCCAAGAGAAGUCGAUGAACAUGUACGAUGUAGCAGCUGUUGUCAACGAGAAAUUUGUAACAUUUGGCUUAAGUAUAGCAGCUCGAUCAGUUACAAAUAGAGUCGAUAAGGAAGAGCACAAUAGAUUUUGCAAUUCUCUUGUCCGUGUUAUAUUAGCAGUUACCGAGCAUUCAUCUUUAGACAUGCUGAGCACUAUAGAACAACAAGUAGCAACACCGUGUUUGAUGAUUGACAUACUGAUACCUAUUUGCCUGAAGUACAAUAGGAACGAAGGUUACGCAAACAUUUCAAAAACUUCAAGAGGCAAGCAUGAUUCACUCAGUAACUGGAUGCGCUUAUUAAAUUACGUAACGGCUGCUUGCAGUCAGGCAUCGUUACUAAAAAUGAAAUCCAAUGGUUUUUCACUUUCUCAUUUCGCAGCAAAUAUGAGCCAUGGAGCCACACAAAUGGAUGCUAAUUCAAACGACUAUUCGGAUAUAAAGGAUCCAAAACAAACGCCACUAUCCAUCGCACUAUUGUUUUCUCUUAGUUUCGUUGCGUUGAAGAUUAUUUUGGUGCGAGCUGAUGCUGAUUUAGUCAGACUGAAAGGAGCAUGGGCUAGUAUCGCUUACUUUAUAAAGAAUGCUUUGAUAUUCGGCCAAAGCUUAAAAUUCUUGAAGCCGAAAUCUGGUCGUUCAUCACCUAUAAUACCAACCACGCCUUUAGCAGGUGCUUUAUCUCCAGCUAUUCCUGCUUUUGCUGGCGGUGCAUCUCCCUUGAUGGGAAACUGGACAGCAGCCACACCUUCAACGGAAAAUCGUAACGCCUUUUCAAUUGAUGCGUCAUUUGGUGUAAGCACGAUAUAUGACUUCACUACUUGGCGCUUUAUGGAGUUUAUUCUAUACUAUCGUUGCCCGUUAUAUAUAUAUCUCAAAGGAUUCAUUUAUGAGAAGGCUACUCAACUAAAAGUCAUGAAUAACAAUCAAACAAUCUAUACACCCAGUCCAAGCCCUCGUACCAGCAUGAACCCUCCAACGUCCGCCAAUAUACAGAGAGGAGCUCAAGGAAGUAGUAAACAAUGGGGAAGAAGCUCUGAAAAUGAUUUAACCUCAAGCAACCAAUCCUCUUUACAGUCAUCACCAUUCGGUAUCAUUCCGCAGCUGAACAUCGAACAUAUUGACGCUGAAGAAACCGAACUUGAUGGAUUAGGCUUGAAAAGCUCAAACAAUUCAUCAAAGGCUCAACUCUCUCCAGGGCUUCAUCCUGCCACGUCCUUUUCAUCAUCUGUUAAUAAUGAUGCAUCUAAUAGUCACACUGAUGGUGUUACUGGUGUAGCGGCAACAGAGCGCACAAGUAGUGGCAGUCAUAUCACCUUACCACCAUCACCUGUCAAAUACAAACAUUCUUUUGAAACAACCUACUCUUCUUCAAAAUCUGUACCUGCACAAAAGUCGUUGAACACUUCGAAUGCAGACGGUGCCUUUUCGUCCACCGUUCUACAUGUGCUACACGCCGAAAGUAUGACCUCUAUAGUGCAAAUUCAACUAUCAAUGGGCAUCAAACCUGCCUUACCAUGGAUGGCUGCCAAAAAGCAAUUUAUGAAGCCUUGGACGAAACGCGAAGCAAUUCGUCAUUUGACAAAUGAACAGCGCUUAUUGUUACAACUGUUUGAAGAAACACUCGUAGCCUCUCCAUUUGCCAAGUUCCAUUCCAAUCCGAACACAUCAACGUCAAAUAUCAAUUCAUCAGCGGCUCCAAACAACGAAAGCUUUAUUAAAACUAUUGGCAGAUUGAAAAAGUUUUAA